AUGAAAUUAGGUCACGAACAAGAGGAAGAGGAAGAGAAUUCUCGCUACUCGGAUAUCGGUGAUCCAAAUAUUGAAUGCAUACAUUGUGGAGCACUGAUGUGCAAUAUUGCAGAUUGUACAACAUUAUGUUUGCCUUUACGUCACCCCGGAAUGAAGUUUGACAAUAGAUACCAAUCGGCAGGAGGACCGCCUAACAUUAGGAUACAUGGACAGACUUGCUAUAGAAUUGGGAGCAUGCUCCCUUUGGAUGGAGAAACACCAAAAUUUGCACAGCUUUAUAUUUAUGACACUGCGAAUGAGAUUCAUCAUAGAAUGCAAGGAAUAGGUCAUAAUCCUAAUGUGAAUCCAGAAACGGUUAGAAAAUUGAAACUUAUGCUGGAUGAGUUCAACACACAUGCUAAAACAUUUAGGAUGGCAGGAGAUCGACUAAAGGAUUCUCAUGUACCUGAUCUAAAACUGAAAUUAAUCGCCGAUCGAUCCAAGGACGGAAGAGUUUAUAAUCAACCGACAGUUUCCAAAGUUGCGGCACUUAUCGUUGGUGAUGUUGAUACAGGUUCUAAAAGACAUAUUAUACUUGAGAGACAGAGUGGGAAGCUGAAAAGGAUAAGUGAGUUUCAUCCAAGUUAUCUUGCUUUACAAUAUCCACUUUUGUUUCCAUAUGGCAAAGAUGGUUUUAGAAUUGGUAUUCUACAUAGGGAAACAAAAGCAAAAAAAAAGAAGAAUAAGCUUCCCAUCAGAGAAUGGCUUACGUUUCAGAUUCAAACCAGGCCAACAGAAGCACACACACUUUUGAUGUCCAGGAGGCUUUUUCAGCAAUUUUUGGUUGAUGGUUUCACUUUGAUGGAGUCUCAAAGGUUGAAUUACAUACGCAAGCACCAGAAAAAACUAAGAGUUUCAAAGUACUGCAAUUUGAACGGUCCAGAACAGGAACAAAACACUCAAAGAGCAAACAAGGGUAAGAGAGUUGUUUUACCAUCAACUUAUGUUGGAAGUCGAAGAUACAUGGAACAAUUGUAUUUUGAUGGAAUGGCUAUUUGUAGCCAUAUUGGUUUUCCUGACCUUUUUAUCACAUUUACAUGCAAUCUAAUGUGGCCUGAAGUCAAAAGACUACAUAAAAUGAGGUUGCAGACCCAUGAUCGUCCCGACAUUAUAUCAAGAGUUUUUAAAAUUAAGUUGGAUGAGUUGUUGUUUGAUUUGACUAAGAAGCAUGUCUUAGGGAGAGUGGUUGCAUAUAUAUACACGACUGAGUUUCAAAAGAGAGGCUUACCACAUGCUCAUAUUUUGCUAUUCAUGCAUCCGCAAAGCAAGUAUCCCACUCCCGAUGACAUAAACAACAUCAUUUCAGCAGAGAUACCAUCAAAAGAAGAUGAUGUGGAAUUGUAUAAUCUGGUGAAGAGACAUAUGAUACACGGUCCGUGUGGUUUGGCAAACAUGCUGUCACCUUGCAUGAAAAACGCAAAAUGCUCUAAAUUCUUUCCAAAAAAAUGGCAGUCUCAGACUAUAGUUGAUCAGGAUGGAUAUCCUGUGUACAGAAGGAGGGGUACUGGAAACACUGUUACGAUAAAGAACGUUGUUCUUGAUAACAGAUUUGUUGUUCCUCACAAUCCAUAUCUGUUGAAGAAAUUUCAAGCUCACAUUAAUAUGGAAUGGUGUAAUCAAGGUACUUCGGUUAAGUACUUAUUUAAAUAUGUAAACAAGGGGUAUGACAGGAUUACCGCUGCUGUCGUAGAAGGAGACAACGACAGUCCUUCGACCACUAAAAAUGGCGAUGAAAUCAAGCAGUAUCUUGAUUGUAGAUAUGUCUCACUAAGCGAAGCAUGUUGGAGAAUAUUUUCUUUUCCCAUUCAUGGAAGAUCUCCUGCAGUAGAAAGAUUAUAUUUUCAUCUUGAGGGCGAUAAUUCGGUAUAUUAUACCGAUUAUGAACUGAUAGAUGAGGUCCUUGAAAAACCAAGUGUGAAGGAAUCAAUGUUUACCGCUUGGAUGGAAGCAAACAAAACAUAUCCAGAGGCCAGAAAUCUGACAUACUGA